CAUCACCGCAUAUGAUCCUCACAAUCCAGUGAGGCAGUGGGGUGACGGUGAAACCAAAGCCCACAGUAGAUGGGUUAUCUUUUCUACGGGCACGUGGCCUGCAAGGAGCACAGGGAGGAACAGAACCCAGAUCUUCCAAAUGCCACUAGUCAUGUCGCCGGCUAACUAGGCUCCCGUACCCUUGCGUCGCCCAAAUUUUCUUCCCUGCUUUACACCUCUUUUCUCCACGCUGUGCUUACGUAGCCGGCACCCGAGCACUACCGGUCACCAGGGGCAGGAGGGCCACGAUUUGUCUUUUGUGAGACGAGCGGGAUGCAGCCGGGAUCGAGAACCACGUUGCUUCACUGAGCCGCCAGUGUACAGACCUCCGAGCGUGCCUAGGACCAGUAUUUCACCUUCCUUUCCCUUCACCCUCCCCGUCCCCGCACCUGUGCAGUAAACUGCGCCUUCUGCUGUUCCGCAGCCACCAAGCGUUGCAAUUCCGCUUCAUCGGCUUCACCCAGCUCCGCCAUUGUCCGCCUCAGCCUCCGCACCUUCCGGCAACCGUGUUUGCGCAUGCGCGACGGGUGUACCCGCCUCUCGACUUCCGGUUCACCCAGCAUUUUCCUCCUCCCUGUUUUCUUUCGUCGUCGUGAGUGGGAGUUGUCGCCUAAUUGCUUCCGGGUUGGUGAAUGACCUUGAGCCCUCAGGAACGAGAUGGCGGUUCUCUGGAGACUGAGUGCUCUUUGCUGUGCCCAAGGAGGCCGAGCUCUGUUGCUGCGAACUUCAGUGGUCAGACCUGCUCAUAUUUCAGCAUUUCUUCAGAACCAACCUACCCCAGAAUGGUGUGGAAUGCAGCACAUUCACUUGUCACCGAGUCACCAUUCUGGUUCCAAGGCUGCAUCUCUCCACUGGACUAGUGAGAGGGUUGUCAGUGUUUUGCUUCUGGGUCUGCUUCCAGCUGCUUAUUUGAAUCCUUGCUCUGCGAUGGACUAUUCUCUGGCUGCAACUCUCACUCUUCAUGGUCACUGGGGCCUUGGACAAGUUGUUACUGACUAUGUUCAUGGGGAUGCCUCGCAGAAAGCUGCCAAGGCAGGGCUUUUGGCCCUUUCAGCUUUAACCUUUGCUGGGCUUUGCUAUUUCAACUAUCACGAUGUGGGCAUCUGCAAAGCUGUUGCCAUGCUGUGGAAGCUCUGACCUUUUUGACUUCAUACUUUGAAGAGUUGAUGUAUGCCUCUUUGCCUCUGCUUUGUCAUGUCAUUCAGCUCACAGUAAGGAGUAAAUAACAGAUAAGUCUAUUGGUGGACAGACUUCUUCUCUUAAUCUUUGAGGAAAGGGUUUGAGAGGAAUUAUGUCUCAGACAUUGUGAGACUGAGUUCUGUAUUCUGAUGAGUAAAUGGGGUUGCCUCCCAGCUUCUCAUAAGACUCACAGUAUAACUAAACAUGAUAUAUGAGCUUUUGCCUUUUAAUUUAUCAAUCUCUUAAAGAGAAUCCAGCUUUAUUACUAUUAAUAUAUGAUCAAACUUCUUUUUUGCCUUGGAAAUAAUGGACAAAGGGAAAUACCGUUAAUUCAUGAAUAAAAACUUUGCAGAAAAUUAGACAGUGUUUAAUUUUUGAAAACCUCCCUCUCUAUUCAGUAGAUACCACCUACUGAUGGAUACCUAUACUAGGAAAAUUUUUAAAUUUGGAAAUGCUGGUAUCUCACAUUAUAAAUUUCUAAAUCCUAGGAAGAAAAGUUUGUAGUGCUUCUGAAUAUAGAGAAGUUCCAUUUAAGGGCAAAGUUCCCCUUAUAGACAUAUCAAAAUAUCACAGAUUCUAAACUGAGAGUUAAUUCUCAAAUGUGUUCUACUUGUUCUAAAACAAUCUGUCCACAAAUAUGAAACUCUUAAGUAAUAAAUUGUUAUUUUCACACUAUGGGAAUCUCUACUGUGAAAAUGUAUUCUAUGAAAAUAAUUUUUAAAAAAAUAAAAUGUAUAAUAAAAAUGUAUUCUAUGCUUUUA